GUGCCCCGGGGCCCGGGCCGGAAGUUCCGGCCCGGCUUCCUGAAUGCCAACAAGUCUCGGCCAGUGCGGGUGGAAACCGGGGAUAUGGCGGCGUCUGGCCCAGCGCUCUGCCUCUUCGACGUGGACGGGACCCUGACGGCCCCGCGACAGAAAAUCACCAAGGAAAUGGACAGCUUUCUCCAAAACCUGAGGCAGAAGAUCCGAAUCGGAGUGGUGGGCGGGUCCGACUUGGAGAAGGUGCAGGAGCAGCUGGGGAGCGACGUGGUUGAAAAAUAUGAUUAUGUGUUUCCAGAAAAUGGUCUCGUGGCGUACAAAGAUGGGAAACUCUUGUGUAAACAGAAUAUUCAAGGCCACCUGGGUGAGGCCCUGAUCCAAGACUUAAUCAACUACUGCCUGAGCUACAUUGCGAAAAUCAAGCUCCCGAAGAAGAGAGGCACUUUCAUCGAGUUCCGAAACGGGAUGUUAAACGUGUCCCCCAUCGGGAGAAGCUGCAGCUACGAAGAGCGCAUUGAGUUUCACGAACUGGAUCAGAAAGAACACAUAAGACAGAAGUUUGUUGCAGAUCUGCAGAAGGAGUUUGCAGGGAAAGGCGUCACGUUCUCCAUAGGAGGCCAGAUCAGCAUUGACGUCUUCCCUGACGGAUGGGACAAGAGGUACUGCCUGGGACACGUGGAAAAAGAUGACUACAAGACCAUCUACUUCUUCGGAGACAAAACCAUGCCCGGCGGGAACGACCACGAGAUCUUCACCGAUCCGAGGACCGUGGGCUACACGGUGACCUCGCCCGAGGACACGCGCAGGAUCUGUGAAGAGCUGUUCUCCUAGCGGCCCCUCCCCCACUGGCCGGCCUCCCGCACCCGCGCCCGGCCUGCUGGCAUGGAGGCCGAAGGCAGACCUCCAGCCAGGUUCUGUCCUGACCCGAGUCUCGGACCCUCCGCACGUGCAGUGGCGGCGCACACGGUGUUCUGGGGACCCAUCCUGGCGUUUUAGGACGGGACAGAACAGAUGUGCCCGGACCUUACCCCUUGAUGGUGGUGCAGAACACGUACCAGGCGUGAAUGUCUGGACCCCCGUGUCAGUGCCGCAGCAGGAGUGGGCAGUGAGAAAGGUCUAGACGUUUAUAGCCGUCUCUCCCGGGACUGAACUUUAAAUCACAUCCCCAAGUGCAGCUCCUGGCCACCUGGGGGGUGGUUUGAACCAAGCGCCCUGUGGUGGCCUCGCAGCACAGCGGUCAUGGAGCAUGGGGGCCCCCCAACUUCACUACACUCCGGGGACCCGCUGCUUCUCUGGGCCUCCGUGCAAGGCGGGCAGGCAGCCCUGCGCCCACAUGCGGGGCCAGGCCGGGUCGAGCGAGGACCCACCCCCCGCUGCACCUGCCGGCUCCCCCGGGGCCUCCCUACCGUCGCAUUUCUCAGGGAUCACAGAAGAGCCUGGAUCUCCUCAUGAACCCCCGUGGCCUCCCCCACACUGUGACCUGAGGGUGUGCCAGCCCGGCGACCCUCACCCCUGCUUCGGAUGUCAGGGAGUCGAAGGCAGCCCCGGGGCCCAGCGCACAGGCCCUCCGGGGGGGCCACUCACACGUCCCUUUUUAGAAUCUGGAUGCGCCAGGACGCACAAGCCCUCAGUCCACUCCAGUCCGCGGCCCGGGGCUUUCGUCUCUGCAGAAGCUGGCUCCCCUCAGCCUUCCCGGGGGGGCAGUCCACCUGGGUGACCACAAAGAGGGUGACCUGGCUCACCGGCUCCCAGGCCACCGCCGCCCCAUGGUACCUCUGUGGUUGAACUUUGCAAAUAAUACUGUAAUGACCUUCCACAAUGAGAAGUAGCAAAUUAAAGUGAUUUUACAGUUU